GAACGGCGAUUGGACGACCUGGGAAGAGGCUGGUUCCAGACCUCAGUACCUUGGGCCGAUGGCUGCGCCGGACCUACGAGCGGAGUUGGACUCGCUGCUUCUGCAGCUGUUCCAGGACCUGGAAGAACUGGAGGCGAAGCGGGCGGCACUGAACGCUCGGGUGGAGGAGGGCUGGCUCUCGCUCUCCAAAGCUCGCUACUCUAUGGGUGCCAAAUCGGUAGGUCCCCUGCAGUAUGCCUCCCUCAUGGAGCCCCAGGUCUGCGUCUACACCAGCGAGGCCCAGGACGGACUCCAGAGGUUCUGGCUGGUGAGAGCCAGCGCCCAGACUCCAGAGGAGGUGGGGCCCCGAGAGGCAGUCUUUCUUUACCCAGCUUUGCGAAGACGCAAGGGUCUCACCAGAACCCCAGAGCCAGAGUCCUUCCCAGCCCUCCGGGACCCUCUGAACUGGUUUGGAAUCCUGGUUCCUCACAGCCUACGGCAGGCCCAAGCCAGCUUCCGGGAGGGCCUGCAGCUGGCUGCAGACAUGGCCACCCUUCAGAUCCGCAUUGACUGGGGUCGAAGCCAGCUCCGGGGGCUCCAGGAAAAACUCAAGCAGCUGGAGCCUGAGUCUGCUUGACCUGUGACCAGAGACAGAGGAGUGAGCGCAGCUGUUCCUUCAUGUGGCUGGCUACCUUAUCUCAGGCCUUCCUCCUUCACAGAUUGCCCCUGCCCCUAUUCCCAGCUAAUCCCUACUACUUAAAAUUUCUCUGGUUUGCAUGUUUUCAGCUUUGUUAGAUGUGAAAGUUUGAAGAGGCAAACUGAUUAGUGUUGAAAGUCACUACUGUGAAACCACUUCUAGGCUUGUAUUCUCCUAGGACACAGUCAUGUGGGGCAGAGGGCAAAGCUGUUAGGUUAGUUCAUAUUAGUAAAUAACCAGAACAUCCUCGUGGAUAUAUCAGCUGCAGUUUCUUUACAAGAUGCAAUACUAUCCAGCUAGUGGCAGGGAAGGGCAAAAAAUAGGUGCUUCAGUUUCACUAGAUUCUCAAAACUGAUUUUGAUGUAGGAAAAAAAACCAAACAUGGAUAACAGAUCAGGACAGCAUGAUUCCAUGUCAAUAAAAAACACAAACACCUGACUAGAUAGGCAGUCCUUGACAGGUUUUAAGCCAGAAAGUAAAAAAGAUUUGACUUCGAUUUUCAAGGGAACUCUAGGAAGGGAACUCCAGGAAAAGACCUUUCAGAUUUUUAAAAACCUUCCUUUAUCUUUACAGAAGUGAGACCAACCCUCUUAAUUUUUGAAGGUCCAGUUGUAUUUCCUGUGAUGGGAACUGUGUCCAUGCUUCAUUUUCCUGCUGGGUUGUUGGUAUUUUUAGCAGUUUCCAGGAGGUAAUCUUUAUGUUUGGGGAAAAUUAAUCCUUUGUUCAUAUAUGAAAUAUAAAUAUUUUUCCCAAUUUGUCUUUUAA